ACAAUAAGCAAUGGUGGAACAAAACCCACUGACCGCAAUAACCCAUCAGCUGGCUAGACAUUCUGUGAAUGUUCAUUACUAAAAGUGAAAGGCUUUAUCAAGAAAUCAAUGAAAGAGGGAAGGGGGGAAAGGGAGCGCGACAGAAGUGAUUGGAAAAACAUGAGCUAAAGAAGGGGGAGGUUAAGCUAACCACGCAAAGGAAUUUUGCAAAUGUCACAAGAUUCUCAGGAGAUAAAGACGAUUGAGCAAUGGAGAUGGUCCGAAAUGGAAGGCCUUGAAGUUGGCUCUGCCUCUCCCGUCUCUGACCCAUUUAAGACCAGCAACCCAUCUCGAACCCCAACGACUCCAACCCAUUUAAUACUCGCUACUAGUGACCCAAGAUUACAACAACAACAACUACUACCAGUUGCUGCUUUAGAGACUGUGCGAGAGAGAGGAGAAAUGGAGAGCUCCAUUUCUGAACCCAACAAAGAUGGAACUAGUGGCGGUGGAGUUGGGGGUGGUGCUGGGAGCAGUGGAGAAAAGCCUGCGGAUGUUCCCACAGUUGGGUUUCUAGAGUUAUUCAGAUUCGCAGAUGGGUUGGAUUGUGUGUUGAUGAUAAUUGGGUCAAUUGGUGCCAUUAUUCAUGGCUCUUCUAUGCCUGUGUUUCUACGCUUCUUCGCCGAUCUUGUUAACUCUUUUGGGUCCAAUGCCAACGACAUUGACAAGAUGAUGCAGGAAGUUCUCAAGUAUGUGUUCUACUUCCUUGUUGUGGGUGCUGCAGUCUGGGCAUCUUCAUGGGCAGAGAUAUCGUGUUGGAUGUGGACCGGAGAGAGGCAAUCGACCAAGAUGAGGAUCAAAUAUCUAGAAUCCGCUUUGAACCAGGACAUUCAGUACUUUGACACGGAGGUCCGAACUUCCGAUGUAAUUUUCGCCAUUAACUCUGACGCAGUGAUGGUUCAGGACGCCAUUAGCGAGAAGCUUGGUACUUUCCUUCAUUACAUGGCGACAUUUGUGUCUGGAUUUUUGGUGGGUUUCACUGCUGUCUGGCAAUUAGCUCUUAUCACUCUAGCUGUAGUUCCUUUUAUAGGAUUAAUUGGAGCCGUCCAUGGUAUCACAUUAGGCAAAUUUUCCGGCAGGAGCCAAGAAGCCCUUUCAAGGGCUGGAAACGUUGUCGAACAGACCAUUGUCCAAAUUCGCGUGGUUUUUGCUUUCGUCGGUGAAUCAAGGGCACUACAUGCAUACUCGUCAGCAUUGAAGGUCUCCCAGAGAAGUGGUUACAAGAGCGGACUCGUUAAGGGGAUGGGACUGGGUGCUACUUACUUUGUUGUUUUCUGUUGCUAUGCACUUCUUCUCUGGUAUGGAGGUUACCUUGUUAGGCAUCACCUCACCAAUGGAGGACUUGCCAUAGCUACAAUGUUCGCUGUUAUGCUUGGAGGACUGGGUUUGGCUGCAUCUGCCCCAAGCAUUGCUGCAUUUGCGAAGGCGAAAGUUGCAGCAGCCAAAAUCUUCCGUAUAAUUGAUCACAAACCAAGGGUAGACCGGAACAGCAAAUCGGGGCUAGAAUUAGAAUCUGUUACAGGGCUGGUAGAGCUUAAAAAUGUAGAUUUCUCAUAUCCAUCAAGGCCAGAGGUUCGGAUCCUUAACAAUUUUAACCUAACUGUAGCAGCUGGGAAGACUAUAGCUUUGGUGGGAAGCAGUGGCUCUGGAAAAAGCACUGUGGUGUCGCUAAUUGAGAGAUUCUAUGAUCCCACUUCAGGAGAAGUUUUGCUAGAUGGUCAUGACAUAAAGAACCUCAAGUUAAGGUGGUUGAGGCAACAAAUCGGACUUGUCAGCCAAGAGCCUGCACUUUUCGCCACGACCAUCAAAGAAAACAUACUCCUUGGACGACCCGAUGCAGACCAAGUUGAGAUCGAAGAGGCUGCCAGAGUCACCAACGCUCAUUCCUUCAUUAUCAAGCUACCGGAAGGCUUUGAUACUCAGGUAGGGGAACGAGGUUUGCAACUCUCGGGAGGACAGAAACAACGAAUAGCAAUAGCAAGGGCAAUGCUGAAAAACCCAGCAAUACUGCUUUUAGAUGAGGCAACUAGUGCAUUGGACUCUGAAUCAGAAAAGCUAGUGCAAGAAGCCCUAGAUCGUUUCAUGAUUGGGAGGACUACUCUUGUCAUCGCCCAUCGCCUCUCAACCAUCUGUAAGGCUGACCUUGUUUCUGUGAUCCAGCAGGGGAGUGUUUCUGAAAUUGGAACCCACGAUGAGCUCAUUGCCAAAGGAGAAAAUGGUGCUUAUGCCAAGCUCAUCCAGAUGCAGGAAAUGGCCCACGAAACUGCAAUGAAUAAUGCCAGAAAGAGUAGCGCAAGGCCUUCUAGUGCAAGAAAUUCAGUAAGUUCACCAAUAAUUGUUCGAAAUUCCUCCUAUGGGCGAUCACCAUAUUCCCGACGGCUAUCUGAUUUCUCAACUUCUGAUUUUAGUUUGUCCUUUGAUGCCUCACACCUCAAUUACCGCCUUGAAAAACUUGCCUUUAAGGAACAAGCCAGUUCCUUCUGGCGCCUUGCAAAGAUGAAUUCUCCUGAAUUGGUCUAUGCAUUAUUUGGUUCUAUAGGCUCUAUCAUUUGUGGCUGCCUCAGUUCUUUCUUUGCAUAUGUUCUAAGUGCCGUCCUCAGCGUGUACUACAAUCCGAACCAUGCUUACAUGAUCCGGGAAAUUGAAAAGUAUUGCUAUCUCUUGAUUGGACUUUCAUCAGCUACACUUAUAUUCAAUACGGAACAGCAUUUCUUCUGGAAUAUUGUAGGUGAAAAUCUGACUAAACGAGUACGGGAGAAAAUGUUUGGAGCAGUGCUGAAAAAUGAAAUGGCAUGGUUUGAUCAGGAAGAAAAUGAGAGCGCUAGGAUUGCGGCAAGGCUGGCACUUGAUGCCAACAAUGUCAGAUCAGCAAUUGGAGACCGUAUUUCAGUGAUUGUACAGAACACAGGACUCUUGCUAUUUGCUUGCACUGCAGGGUUUGUUCUGCAGUGGCGUCUUGCCCUAGUCCUCAUAGCCAUCUUCCCUUUGGUCGUUGGAGCAACCGUCUUGCAGAAAAUAUUCUUGAAUGGAUUCUCAGGAGACCUAGAAGCUGCUCAUGCCAAGGCUACACAACUUGCAGGUGAAGCCAUAGCCAAUGUGAGGACUGUUGCUGCCUUUAAUUCAGAGAGAAAAAUUGUUGGUCUUUUCUCCACCAGCCUCCAAACUCCUCUACGACGCUCCUUUUGGAAAGGCCAGAUUGCUGGAAUUGGAUUUGGCAUAGCUCAAUUUUUACUUUAUGCCUCCUAUGCCCUUGGUCUUUGGUAUGCUUCUUGGCUUGUAAAACAUGGGAUCUCAGACUUCUCAAAGACAAUCCGAGUUUUUGUGGUCCUUAUGGUCUCUGCCAAUGGCGCUGCUGAAACAUUAACUCUUGCUCCUGACUUCGUCAAGGGUGGUCGAGCCAUGCAAUCAGUCUUCGAACUUCUUGACCGCAAAACUGAAAUUGAUCCCGAUGAUUCAGAUGUCACCUCUGUUCCUGACCUUUUUCGUGGGGAGGUUGAAUUAAAGCAUGUAGACUUUUCUUAUCCCUCUCGUCCUGAUGUCCCAGUUUUCCGCGACCUUAGCAUUCGUGCUCGAGCUGGAAAAAUUCUUGCCCUUGUAGGUCCUAGUGGUUGUGGUAAGAGCUCAGUAAUUUCACUUAUACAGCGCUUCUACGAGCCAUCAUCGGGACGAGUCAUGAUUGAUGGUAAAGACAUUCGAAAAUACAAUCUCAAAUCUUUGAGAAAACACAUGGCAGUGGUUCCCCAGGAGCCAUGCCUCUUUGCUUCUACCAUUUAUGAGAACAUCGCAUACGGGAAUGAAGCUGCAACUGAGGCUGAAAUCAUUGAAGCUGCAACUUUGGCCAAUGCCCACAAGUUCAUAUCAGCAUUGCCAGAAGGGUACAAAACAUAUGUUGGGGAGAGGGGAGUUCAGUUAUCUGGAGGACAAAAGCAAAGGAUUGCGAUUGCUCGUGCUUUAGUAAGGAAGGCAGAGAUCAUGCUGCUAGAUGAGGCCACAAGUGCACUUGAUGUUGAGUCUGAGAGAUUGGUACAGGAAGCUUUAGAUCGCGCAUUCUCUGAAAAGACGACGAUUGUAGUUUCACACAGGUUAUCAACGAUUAGAAAUGCUAGUGUCAUUGCAGUGAUUGAUGAUGGGAAAGUAGUAGAGCAAGGAUCCCACUCACAUCUAAUGAAAAACUACCCAGAUGGAUGUUACGCCCGUAUGAUACAGUUACAAAGGUUCAGCCAAGUCAUUGGAAUGACCACAGGUUCAAGUUCCACAACCAGACACAAGGAUGAUGAAGAGAAGUUAGUAAGGUUUUACAGAAAUUGGUGACAAAAGCAGUAUAAUAUCCCUUCAAAUUUUUGUUCUUGGGUUCUGUCCAUGUUUUGAUAUAGUAUGGUAUGUUAUCUUCUUCUUCUUUUAUUACUAUAUAUAUGUUAUUGAAGAAUACUUGGUAGAAUCAAAAGGAUGUAUGUAAUAGUUAAUUAGAUAAACUGAUAGAAGCAUCCCCAGGCCUAUUGUGUAAGUUUUGAACUCAGAAUAUGCAGCCAUUGAAGGAUACCUAUACCAGCUUGAGUUA